GGUGAAAGCGAAGAGUUGUACCUUUGCGACUUUUUUGGGACAGGGUAUAUGUUGGCAAUUGGCCGCUGGUACGCACCGCGAAUACUACUACGAAGGGCAGCCAGCUGCACGACUACGAGGAAGGCCACGACGUGUUCCGCAGUCACCACGAGAAGAAGAAAAGAAGGAGAAAUGGUGACCCUUAUUGUCGCUACCACCACCGACGCCGCCUCCCUUGGCCCUGCCUCCGCCCUCUUGGCCAUGCCCGGUUGGCUCCCUGGCCCCUCCCUCCAGGAAAUACCCAGUUUCAAAAACGGGGAAGUGAGGCUGUUAAAGCAUGAUAAUAGCAUCAUCAGUGAGGAUCACUUGGACAAGCGUUGGGAGGAGCUGACAGGGGAGGUUGUGGAGGAGGCCAUAUUUCUUAGCAAGCACACUGCUGUUUCAAACCGCCCUUCGCUCACUGUUCACCCUAUUGGUGUACCACAUUUACGUGAUGAUGAGGUUCCACCUCAAGGUGGAAAGCCUGGCUGGGCUGCUCCUCCAAGUCCUCGAAUAGGACCAUGGUUGAGGCUCUUGAAGACAAUUGCUCAAUCACAUAAUCUUAUUCCUGAAUUUGAGGUGACUUUGGAGGCUACUCAUCAUGGACCUGAAAUUAAUUCGCCAACUAUGUUUGUAGAGAUUGGUAGUACAGAAGAGCACUGGAAAAGGCAGGAUGCUGCACAAGUGGUUGCUUCACUAAUCUGGGAAGGACUGGGCCUUGGGGGAGGAGUUAAAGUGGGAGACUGGAACAGAAAUGAUGGUAAUAACAAAGUUCUCCUUGGCAUUGGAGGUGGACAUUAUGCACCUCGACAUAUGGAUAUUGUUCGGAAUGAUGGUGUUUGGGUAGGCCAUCUGCUUUCAGGAUAUGCCUUGCCAAUGGAAGAUCCUGGGAAAUCAAAAGCGCAGGGAAAUGCAAAGGAUGUUGGUGGAACUUGGAAACAUGCUAUUAAAGUCGCAUAUGAGGUUACUAAAUCAUCUUUUCCAGGUGGAGAAGUUCUAGCACACCUUGAUCAGAAGAGUUUCAAAAGCUGGCAGAAAAAUGCCAUUACAGAGUUCUUGACAGAGCAGAACAUAAAGAUUGGCAAGCCUGGUGACUUCUACUGAUUGUCAUGCUAGAAAGCUGAUAGAUUAUUUUAUCAAUUUUGUUUUACUACUAUGCACCGAAGUUAUAUUUUGAUUAUCACAAGGAUGAUGGCUGAAGAUUCUUCAAGUUACUUGUCUAAGAUGCUCAAAUCGGGAAUGAUCUUCAGUUUCUACUCUGUAAUUUAGUUACUUAAAUUUCAAAUUCAAGCAUAGAGAAUAAAUGUAAUGCUACAAAUUACGCAGAAGAUGCAUGCCUAUUUCUGAGAAAGAAGUCAAAUGUUCUCUC